AUGAACAUCAGUUCGUCAAGCACACCCUCGCUCAGCAGCAUUCAGGACACUCGACGGUCGUUGCUCAAUUCAACUAUUUGGAAAGCAAGUAGUGGUCGAUUCGUCUACACGCCACUGGAUCCUUCAUGUCAACAAAUUCGCCUCUUCAAAGUAACUUUAAAUGUGCAAGGGGAGCUAGAAGGUCAUCUUAAACACUUCCGCCUGGAAGAGGUCUCCCAAUUCACCGAGUCUAAGCAUGGGAAUAACGCCAGUAUUGUCUUUCGCCCACUUUCCUACACGUGGGGUCCGUCAGCACCGUGUUUCGAGAUUACAGUCGACGGUAAAGCGUUUUUCGUACGUCAUAAUCUUUAUAAUUUCCUUCAUAUCCUAGUGCAGGAGUGUCAGGAUGAAUACUUCUGGAUUGAUCAGAUUUGCAUCAAUCAAGAGGAUCUUCCUGAGCGCAACAAGCUCGUAAAUGUGAUGAGUGACGUAUACAAAGAUGCAAAUGUAUUUGUUUGGCUCGAUGGCCUUGGUCCCAGCACUGAGAAUGCUUUUGAUGAAAUUGAGACGUGGGCAGAGCGGCCUUGGAAAUGCCUCUCCGGCACAAUGCUAGAUCUUCUACCUUAA